AUGGAUAAAGAGUGCAUUAAGUGCAAUGCAAAACAUUUCUCAUCUGAAGUCACCAAUCGCGAUAAUGAUGUUUUUACAUUGUGUUGCCAUAAGGGCAAAGUAGUGUUGCAUCCACUUAUUCAAAAUGAGUUGUUUAAAUCUCUUUAUGAUGGACUUUCAUCCAACAAUGUCGACAUUAAGCGUAAAUCAAGAAAUUAUUUCAACAAUAUUCGACAAUACAAUUCAGCUUUCGCUAUGGUCAGCACAGAAGCACAUCUUUCAGACACAUUUACUGGCGGCAUUUAUCAUUUUAAAAUUCACAAUAUUUUUUAUCAUAAAGCAGGACCGAUUACUGCACAAAAUGGACAAUCGCCACGCUAUGCGCAAUUAUAUUUUUAUGAUGUUGAAGAAGCAUGUAGCUACAGAAUGCAAGCAAAUCAAUCGUGUGACGAUAAUUUGAUGCGACAAAUUUCUAUUGAACUAAAUAGAGUCAACCCAUUUGUGCGUUCUUUUUUAUCUAUGAAGGAAUAUUGUGAUAGAUUUCAGAACGAAAAUAGAGAAGUAUACAUGGUGAUUAAAGUUAAUCGAGAAUUAGACUUACGGCGAUACAAUGAUGCUACCCAAACCGAUGUGGCAGUUAUAUUUAGUACAGUUGAUGGAGAGCCACCGUUUGAAAGAAAUAUGACUUCAUUUCCAAAAACAAACGGUACACUUCGACAGGUUUCUGUAUUAGAUUCGUCCCUAGAUCCACUAGCUUAUCCGCUGUUAUAUCCGAAUGGUGAUAUAGGGUGGCAUCCAAACAUGUGUCAUAAUACUACAACUACUUCGAGAGCUAGAGUUAAAACAACAAUGCUUCAAAUUGAGGGUACACGUCUACAUUAUAUUAGACAAAAUCAGAAUAUCCUUAAAGCUGAACUUUUCAACAAUUUGGCUGACUACUUAGAAUUGCAUCGUAAUAGCGAUUUGCCCAUAAAUGUUGGCCGAAGGGUUAUAUUGCCAUCUUCGUUUAAUGGCUCACCGAGAAAUAUGUAUCAAAAUUAUUUGGAUGCCAUGUCAAUCGUACAACAUUUUGGUAAACCAUCUUUAUUUUUAACAAUGACGUGUAAUCCAUCAUGGACGGAAAUAACAAACAAUAUUGGGCCGCAUGAAUCAGCUAAUUUUAGGCCAGAAUUGAUUGUGCGUGUAUUCAAAUUAAAAUUGAAAGACUUAAUAAACGUCAUAAGUAACAAAUGUAUUUUUGGUCGAGUGGAAGCAAUUAUUUAUACAAUUGAGUUUCAAAAAAGGGGGCUACCGCACGCUCACAUUUUGAUAACUUUGCACGAAGAGGACAAUAUUGUUGGACCUACAGAUAUUGAUAGUGCGGUAUGUGCGGAAAUACCAGACAAAAGGACGCACCCCAAACUGCAUGAAUACGUUGUGAAGCACAUGAUGCAUAGCCCAUGUGGCGCUUUGAACUUAAACUCUGUUUGCAUGAGAGACGGCAAAUGUAGCAAGCAGUUUCCGAAAGAUUUUAAUAAUAUCACACGGGAGUCAGUAAAUGGGUAUCCGCUGUAUAGAAGGCGUGAUAACGGUAUUAGCGCUGAUGUCAGAGGAUCAUCUCUUGAUAACCGUUACGUGGUACCAUAUAAUCCAUAUUUACUUGCAAAGUUCAAUUGCCAUUUGAACGUAGAAGUAUGCACUACAGUCAAAAGUGUAAAAUACAUAUACAAAUACGUUUACAAGGGGUAUGAUAGCGCAACUAUUGCAUUAGAAAAUCAACAAAAUGAAAAUAUGCUCUUGGAUGAGGUUGAAGCUUUUUUAAAUGUCCGUUAUGUUGGCUCAACUGAAGCUCUGUGGCGUAUUUAUGAAUUCCCUAUGCACUAUCAGUCACAUACUAUAAUUAGAUUGGAUAUUCAUUUGGAUCGUCAGCAAACAGUUAUUUUUAGAGAGGGCUAG